GACAAUGUUGACAGUAUUUACUUCUAAAACCGACUCUUAUUAUUUUCAGAUUCAUUAUUUUUGCGAAUUUGUUCAGGUUUGAAGGAUUUUUAAGGAUUAACUGUGUCCUGGAGCUCUUGUCUUAUUUUUUAAAGCAGAACCUAAAUUUUCUGGCACCUUUAAGCAUUUUCUUUUUAUUAGGAAUAACCCUAAACUCAACUUUUUUUUCAUGGUAAGCGUGCGGUCUUGGUUCUCCAGAACAAGCAGGGAUAUGGAGGCCAGCGUCGUCCCUUCACAACUGAGGAUGAAGCCUGGAAGUCUUUUUUGGAGAAUCCACUGACAGCCGCCACCAAAGCCAUGAUGAGCAUAAACGGAGACGAGGACAGCGCUGCAGCUCUCGGCUUCCUCUACGACUACUAUGAGGUGCCCAGGGACAAGAGAACAAUACAACCCAAAACAGAGUCGCUGGUCUCUGAUGUGGAUCCAAACAAAAGGCACCAGAUCCAGACCAGACAUCCCGUAGUUCCUCUUCAAGAAGCUGGUAUGGAAAACAGAAUCCAGGUCCUCAAAACCGUGAACCAUCUUCAGCUGACGCAGGACAAGAGGACUCAUUUCUCUUCACCAGACACCACCAUCACAGUUUCCAUCGCCCCAGUGCCAAACUACACGCCUGUAAAGACGGAGGUGCCUACCCACGGCUUCUCUGUAACCGUGCCGAACAACUGCAGCGAUACAGAUGGUCAUGUGGGCGUCUUCGAGCGCCAUCUCACCCAGAGUGUGGUGCAGUGCAGCCCCAGCACCCAGUCCCGUACUCCCCCAGACUCCACCUUCUCAGAGAGCUUCAAGGAUGGUUCCCAGGAGAUGUUUCCCUUCCCAGGAGAUCUCCAGUUACGCAUGGCCACCAUGACACCAGAGGACUACACUCAGUUUGACCCGGCACCAAGGAGUAACUUUGAGUACUCUCUAGAGGCAUCCAAAUCUCUGCGUCAGAAGACUGGUGACGGGACGAUGACGUACCUCAACAAGGGGCAGUUUUACCCAAUCACACUCAGGGAGGUAGACAACAAGAGCAUUCAGCAACCCAUCACAAAAGUCAGGAGUGUAGUGAUGGUCGUGUUUGGAGAGGAGAAAUGCAGGGAGGAUCAGCUGAAACACUGGAAGUACUGGCACUCCAGGCAGCACACAGCUAAACAGAGGUGUCUCGACAUCGCCGACUACAAGGAGAGCUUCAACACAAUCGGCAACAUCGAGGAGAUUUCCUACAACGCAAUUUCCUUCACAUGGGACACAAACGAGGAGGCCAAAAUUUUUAUCUCUGUUAACUGCCUGAGCACCGACUUCUCCUCUCAGAAGGGGGUGAAGGGUCUUCCUCUGAACCUGCAGAUCGACACCUACAGCUACAACAACCGCAGCAACAAGCCCAUCCACCGCGCCUUCUGCCAGAUCAAAGUUUUCUGUGACAAGGGAGCUGAGAGGAAGAUCCGAGAUGAGGAGAGGAAGCAGUCCCGCCGGAAAGGAAAGGUCCCCGACCUCAACACAGGACUGGCUUUUACAGAUGUUAAAGUCCCCCUCCUUCAGAAGAGAAAUGAUGUGACCAUCUUCAAGACCUUGGGCGACCUUGAGACCCAACCUGUCCUGUUCAUUCCUGACAUCCACUUCUCCACCUUCCAGCGCCACGCCUUUCCUGCAGAGGAUGGAGAAGAUGGCUCAAGUUUGAGGAGAUUACCCUUCAGCGAUGAUGAGUUUGGGUCACCGCCAAACAAGAUGGCGAGAGCGGACGAGCCCAAGAAAGUCCUGCUGUACGUUCGCAAGGAAUCAGACGAGGUGUUCGACGCCCUGAUGCUGAAGAAUCCCACUCUGCACGGCCUGGUGGAAGCUAUUUCAGAGAAGUAUGAUCUUCCCCUGGAUAAGAUUGGAAAGGUCUACAAGAAGUGCAAGAAAGGCAUUCUGGUCCACAUGGAUGACAACAUCAUCAAGCACUACUCCAAUGAAGACACCUUUCAGAUCACCAUGGAGGAGCACGGUGGCAUGUGCAAACUAACUCUGACAGAGAUCUAAUUGAAACGUCCACACAGAGUUGGAAGAUGUCUGUAGCCGUCAGGUUUACGCUCCUGGCUUUGCAGGGAUUAUGGACUUGAUCUGAAACUCCAGUAAUGUCUUGUAAAAAAGUCCUAAAAUUGGCGCAUCAAAGCCGGAGCCUUCAAAAGAUGACUAUGAUGGUUUGAAAAACAUAAGUUAUACAUGUCAUUUAUUGCUAAGCUUUUUCUGCGCACAAGUAGGAUAUAUGUGCAUUUGUAUUUUAAUGAGAAAAUUAGCUGCAGCGUGUAUAUAUAAAUGCCUAAUUAUAUGCAAACUGUUAAGGGUUGCAGUUUGGACGCUGCUAUACCUCAAGCUAUGCAAGCAGCAGAGUUUUUUUAAUUCAGAGGUUUUGAAUUUAAUUAUGAAAAAAGAAACAUCUCUUCUUCCCUUUAUAAAAUCAUAGCACUGAUGACUGCAGCCUGCAAAAUUUACCAUUUAAAAAUGUGUAUUAUUACUAAACAGUAUGGCAGUAUUUCGAAUGUCAUCAGUUCGUCAAAUGCUGUAAAUGUUUGUAUUUUAUUAGGGUAGGAAUUAGUUUUAAAAAAUGUUUUUCAUUAAUUUAGUUUAAAUAAGAAUCUUUUGUUAAGUAUUACAUAGUUUGUAUUGAUAAAAAUGCUGAAAGUACAUUCCUACAUGUUCUAAAUGUCAGUCGGUCAGUUAAUAUCUAACGUCUUUCUAGCAGUCUUUUCAGGCUGUCCUGUGCAAUAAUAUUCAGGCUCAGGCAAAUUCAGAAAAUAGUAACCCUCUAUUGCCAUAAGAUACAUGCUGAUCUUUGUCUUUUUAUGGAAAUAUUGUACAUAAUAUUUGGAAAAGGAUCUGUAUAAUCUCUUUUUUUUAUAUCUAAGUACUUAUUGUGUAUAUAUUUAUUAAGAAAAUGGAUGUGGGUUCUUUAUAUAUAACCAGUUUUCUAUCACUCUAUAAUUAUUCAUGAACUUUUUGUAUUUUACACCAAUGCUAUAUGUCCAGGGUGUGACAAAGUGCCCAAUAAAAGAUUAACACCAGCAGCCACUUUUAAA